AUGAUGAACAAUGCCGAGAUUUACAUCCGGAAGCCCUCGGAAGAUUGGCAUCCGAAACUGAGCGACUCUGGCAGUUUUGGAUUUCACGAAAAUUUUGGCAGCAGAUUUUUUGUUGGUGAUAGAAACAGCAGUAUUGUAAUACAUGGGCGGCCGCUUACCAGAACUUGGACGCUCUUGUCUGAGGAUGCAGAGAAAGAUUCUACAGAAAUUGUUCUUCGAGAUGAUCCCAUAGCGAUGGGAUGGAAAAUGGGAGAUCAGCUUGGGAUUGCGAUGACAAACCGGGAUCUCGGCUCAAUCGGGCACAUUACUGCUAUAAACGGCCGAGCAGUUACUCUUGAUAAAGCACUUGCAAGCAGCCAUUUGGGCGGAAUGAGAGAUGUCCAAGGAUACAUGUUGGAGCUAGCUGCGGAAGUCAUCAACUUGUCGAGAAAUAUCAAGAUCCACGGGCCAGACGAAAACUUUAUGAACGCGUCUCACACUGAUUGGCACAAUGGCUUUCAUUUCGGCACUUUCACGUCAGAUCAUCAUGACGACUCCAUUUUCGAUGUUCGGUACAUUCGAGCCCAAAACUGUGGUCAAUUUGACAUAAUGGGCCGCUAUUGUUUCCAUUUUCAUUUGAAAAAACGCUGCCCAAGAUGCAAGCUGAUCGGCAAUUCUGUCUAUAACGCGAUUCAAGGCGCGAUGGUCAUCCACGGAACUCAUGAGUCCCUUGUCGAAAACAAUGUCAUGUGGAACACAGCUUCUGUCGGAAUCUAUACGGAAGAUGGAAACGAAAUGAACAACACUGUUUCGAGAAAUGUUAUGUUAUGCGAAAAAGUCGCGCUCUGCAAGUACAACACUCACAAGUGGCAAAAGAGUUCCGGCGUCAAAGAAGGGGGACUCUUCUGGUUUGCUGCGUCGAAUCACGCUAUCGAAAAUCGAGUUGCUGGACAUGAACAUGGCUUUUGGACUAGAACUAUCGGAACUGGCAAAGGCGCCGCAAAAGGAAAAGUUUGUACUCAAAGUGCACCUUUCGGAACGAUCCAAGGAAAUGUCUGUCAUGACAAUGGUCGAUUUGGAAUUUACCCAGGCAAUCAGCAUCCUCGCAGGCUCGAUCGGGACAAGAUGGGAUUUGUUAUAAAGGAUGGUACGAGAAUGCCAUCAUGCGAUCGAUUCACGGCGGAUGGGGAAGAUAAUGGUCUCGUCAGCUACAUCGACGAUCAAUUUGACUGGAACAACAUCUUCAGUGGUCAAUACGAUGCGAGGGACAUCUCCUACCGUCGAAUGAUUUCUGUCGAUACAAACAGUGCUAUGUACUGGAAACGCUCAAAAACUAUGGCAGAUCCUAGUGCCUACCACAUUGAAAACAGCCUAUUCCUCGCUUUAGACGGCCUGCAGCAUUUGGCCAUUCCAGGGAUGAACCAUAUCUUUCGAGUCAAAAACGCAACAUUCAUUGGCACUCGUCAACAUGCUGGAGGAGCGUCCUUGCAAGCUCCUCAUCAUUGUGGUUUGCACAUGAAGCAAGCCCCUUUUUGCAUGGUCAAUAUUCUUCUUGAAGAUGUCAAGUUCGAAACUCAACGACAUCUGAAAUUCGGCGCCGGAGGAGGCUAUCCCGUCGCGCCGAGUUACAUAACUACCGAUAACUCAUUGAUGGGAUAUUCCCAGGUUGUCUCGCCAAAGAUGACGGGAUACAAUGUUUUUCCGGGCUGUCGUAACGAUGUGUCAGAGUAUUUGGGUGGGUAUGCCUGUGAUGACAGCGUUAAGAGUAGGAUCUUGAUGAUCUGGGGACCUGAUAUGGGCAAUUUAACCUUGCAUGGACCAGGUUACGAUUCGACGCAUCCCUGUGAGGAUGAUAUAGGAUGCGCUAACAAUGGAAACUUGAUGUUCUCAACGCCAAAGGAAACGAGUAAUCCUAAAGAUCUCCUUUAUGCUACUGGGUACGGCGGCUGGGUUAAAAAUGGGGAACUGUAUCAUCUGCACGGAUUGAGCUGGGAGGGCGAUAUUUACGUCAUUUACUCUGACCCGUUGCUUGCAGAGCUUACUGGAUCGGCUCCGGAAGAAGAGUACAUUGACUUGAUGAUGCAUACUGAGGAUGAUUACGUCACGUGCCGUGUUUAUGCGUCUGAUGAUCGGCGUUUUGUUGCUCACGACGGUGUUGCUCCAAACGUAUUGGAUCGAGACUGCACUAUCAAAUUCCGCGAGUUAUUUUCUGAUCGAAGCAGAAGAGAAUAG